AUGGAAUACGUCGAAAACGGGCGAAACCCCGACAUCUACACCAGAGAAUUCGUCGAGCUGGUCAGGAGGUUGAACCAUCUCACCAGAGGCAAGAUGCACGCCUUUCGAGAUUUCAGGGAUGUCCUCGCGAGAGAGAUGGCGGCGGCUAUGCCUGAGGUGAAGGAGGAUGCGAUGAGGGUGGUGGAGGAGACGGGAGGGAAGGGGCCGGUUUUGUUGGGAGACGAGGAAGGGAAGACGGAGGGGAGGUGA